GAUCAAAGAUGCACUGGUGUUAAUUACGAUGGUGAAUACCUUAGUGUAUAAACUAUAAGCAAAACGGGAACUUAAACCAGAUUGCCAGGCGAAACGUUGGAUUUACUUCAAAUUCUUUCGCUGAGAUUUUCCAAAUACAUUCUUCCUCUUUAUUCUAGAUUAAAAUAAUUUAAUGUAAUAAGGAACUUCUUAAAUUGAAUUUGAAAUUCCAAAUGAUGGUGGAAAUUUUCUCAUAAUAUAUAUCAUGUAUGUAGACAUAAUUAGAUAAGGGUUAGUAACUACAGAAAAAAGAAAACUGGAUACGUGUAAACAUCGUCAACAUCAUACGAAAUUCACACGACGGACUACAGUACAAAGUCAUGAACGGAGAACAGCUGACAGAUGCAUUCAAAUUGAGAAACGGAAUCAGAAAAGGCUGCUGACUCUCCCCUUCCCGUUUUCUUCUGGUGAUUGACUGAAUUAUGAAGACCUUAUCUGAAGAAAAGCACGGAAUACAAUGAACAGCUCAAAAUCAAUCAGAUGAUUUGGCCUUCGCAGAUGACCUGGCCAAUCCAUCCCAUACACACGAACAAAUACAGAUGAAGACAAGUAGUGUAGCAGCAGUCUCAAUACACAAGGGAAAACCAAGGUCCUCAAAUACAACACGGACAACACUAAUCCAAUCACACUUGAUGGCAAAACUCUGGAACAUGUAGAAUCCUUCACAUACCUGAAAACCAUCAUCGAUGAACAAGGAGGAUCUGAUACAGAUGUGAAGUCAAGGAUUGGCAAAACGAUAGCUGCAUUCCCACAAUUGAAGAACAUGUGGAAAUCAAAACAACUCUCAAUCAAUAUCAAAGUCACAAUCUUCAAUACCAACGUCAACACAGUUCUACUGUAUGGAGCUGAAACUUGAGAAACUACUACAAUCAACAUCAAGAAGGUGCAAGUAUUUAUAAAUGGUUUUCUAUGCAAGAUAGUCAACAUACAUUGGCCUGAUACAAUCAGCAACAGCCUUCUGUGGGAGAGAACGAAUCAGCUUCCAGUUGAAGAGGAAAUUAGGAAAAGUCGAUGGAAAUGGAUAAGAAACAAAUUACGGAAAUCAUCACAUUGCAUCACGAGGCAAGCACUAACUAGAAAUCUUGAAGGGGAGAGGAAAAGAGGAAGGCCGAAGAACACAUUUUAUUGAGAAAUAGAAGCAGAUAUGAAAGCGAUGAAUGACAACUGGAAGGAGCUGGAAAGGAUUGUCCAUUGAAACGUAGAAUAACUGGUUAACAUGGGUUUGAUUCAAAAAUACUGUUGUUAUAUUUGUCAGUUUACAGGAUUAACUUAAUUUAAAAGUUUCUAAAACGGAUUUUGUUUUUCGAGCAUAUUCAUGAAAAUUCUGAUCCCAGUGAUUUGAAAUAGAAAUUGAGUUAUGGUAAAAUUGAACACCUUUUGAAUUAAAACAAACACAUUUUUACUAUUGUACAUUUUUCCUAUAGUGAUUUAUUGAUUUCUGAGUUUACAAUCUGAAAAGAUGACUGAUAUAUGUACUGUUUUUUCUUACGAACGAAUUGUAUAAGUGCUAAUUUUGAAUUCUGAGUGAAAGAGUAAAUGUUUGAAAGUUUUUAAAAAAGGGGCCAAUGAACACACAGUUGAUAGUUGAUAGUUGGAAACAGACAUAAAAAGAAUGAAUAGCAUCUGGAAUGGAUUACCCAAACAGGGUUGGACGUAGAGUGCUUGUGGGCGGCCUCCACGAAGCGUAACAGACGUCACAAAAUAACAACAUUUGUUUCUUUAUGGAUAAAAACUUGAAAUUUCAUAUGAUUGAUUCAGACAGUAUAGAAUUAUUCAAUUCAUUAUCACCAACCAAAAGUAGAUCAACUGAAAAGAAUAAACUUAAAAAUAGUACAUUUGGAAAAGAUCAUAAUUCAAUAGAUCAACUGAUUACAAGUAGUAACGCUAGUAGUGGAUACUGGGAGGAUUGUGAUUCACUUGUUACAAGUGAAUAUGAUGUUUUUGGAUUGAAUUGGACAACUUGUCAUCAAAACGCUAGAAUAAAAUGCAACAAAUUGAAACAUCGACCACUACCAGAUGCGACUAAUCAUUCAUCACUAGUUAGAACUCGAAGUUUCCAUGUAAAACCAAAUGAUUACAUCAACAAAAAUUCAUAUGAACAGUAUACAAGAGAUCAUUAUUCAGAUUCAAUUCUCAAUACUUACUGUGAAGAUAUACAAUUUACAACAAACUCUCAAAAUAAAGCAGCUACUAAUAUACGUCAGUCGUCGUUAGAAGAUAAUAAUCAUCUAUGUAUACCAAAUGAUUCACUGAGUGGACUUGAUUCGAUUGAAUCAGAUUUUUUAUUUUGUCAAAACAGUUGUUCAUCUGUAAAUCAUAUUCAGUCAUGUCAACGUAUUUCCUCUGAAGUACAGAAUGUUGAAGAGAAAACGUUUAAAUACUUAAGUGAAUGGGAUGAUAGUGGAGAUGAAGAUAUUAUAAAAGGAGCAGAACCAAAAACUAAAUUUGAGGCUGCGUUAAGAAGAGCUGAAGAGAAAAAUAAAAAACGAAUGGAGCUGAUAACUUCUAAAGACUUUUCAACAUCAGAUAAUAAAAAGAUGCCUGAAUGGGGUUCACCUAUCCAAAUAAGGAAGAAUGCUGAUCAAAGUAGAUUUAUGGAAUGUUCUCUUUCAUUAGAUAUUCCGGUGAGCAACAGCAGUUCUCCGAAAAUAAGUAGACCUUCUGAUCUUUGUCGCGAAGUUGAAGAAUGGUUGGAAUCAAGACCAUCAUGGAUUGACCAAAAACAUCAGAAAAAUAAUCCAGCGUUACAAAUUUGCUUUUUAAAUAUAUCUGAACAAAAUUUGUUCUCUUCCAUGGAAGCAAUAGUUGCUGAACCUUAUUUGGACAAUAAUGAUUAUAGAACUGGACAAAAUAAUAUAGAAACUAAUUUAUUUUCAACUGUUAAUGUUAUUAAAACAAAUGAUAGUAUUCAAACAAUUAGCUCAUUGAAUGACAAUGAAAUUAGUUUGAAUAGUACUGAAGAUUAUGAUGAUAAUAAUUCACAGAGACUAACAUUGAAUGGUAAUUCAUCUUUUGUAAAUCAUAAAAAUGAAAAGAAUCGUACAAGUUCAUCAAUAUCUGGAAGAUCAUCUUUAUUAUUAGCUUUUGAAUCUUCGGUUAAUUUAAUUGAUUUAUUGAAUGAGAUCAAUAUGUAUUAUGAACGAUUAUUAGAUCAAUGUAGACAAGAUUGUUUUGAUGCACGAUCUGUUGUUUAUUUACAAGAACUAAUAAAGAAUCAUAAACGAUUUCAAACAGAAACACAAAUUGCUAUUAUUCAGGUUCCAAAAAUAUCCGCAAUGCAAGCAGAAGUUGAACGUACAAAGAUUUCAUCGAUAACUCCAAAUAUAGCAACAUUACUUCGAGUUGACUAUAGGAAGUUUCAAAUAUCCAAAGAAGAAUUAAUUCAAUUCUCUAUUUCUCAAUUGAAAGUUAUUAUGAAUGAUUUGCAUUCUAGAAUCGAAAGUCUAAACAAUUCUCUCAUGUUGUCAUUAGUCGAAAGAGAUGAGUUGCACCUAGAACAAGGUGGUAAAUUAAUUGCUUUAGAUGAUAUCAAGUCCUGGAUUAAAGAACUCAGUAUUCGUUCAUCAAUUCCUCAAGUUAGGCGACAAUUAUUUCUCAAUCUUUCAAGUAAUUUAUCAAAUAACACAUACAAUAAUGAUAUUUUUCCUAAACCUCAAACUAAACAUAACACUUUACCAAAAAGACCUCAAUGGAUGACAUCCUUAUUUGGUCGAGCAUCACAGCGACAUACUCUCUCGUUAUAAGAUUAUAUAUUAAUUUUCUUUUUGUAUAUCUCAGAUUUCAUAUAUUUCCCUAAUUGAAAAAUUUAUGGUCUUCAUAAAUAUGUCUUGCUCAUUCCUAAAUCCUUCUUCUAUUUAACUUGUCUAAUUCCCAUCCUAAAUUGAUCAGUACUUGUGCAGCUAAUCAUUUUUCUUCAAUUAUCUAACAGAGUAAUUGAUAAUAUGACAGGAUCUAAAAUAAUCUGUUAAAAACAAAGUCAGAUGAAACGUCAAAUUUAUCGAUCAGAAACUACUUUUUGUUUUGCCAUCAUAAUGUUUAUUUCUAUGCUAAGAUAUAUGAUGAUUCGUCUAUUUACUUUUUCUACAAUAUUUGAAACUCAUUGUUGAAACUACUAUUAAUAAUAAAUAAAUAAAGUUUGUUAAUAUGUUACAACACAAUACUUUUCAUUAGAAUUGUCUUUAUUCUCUUUAUAUGUGUACGUUGAUUUUAUGUCAAAAGUACAGUAAAGAUGAAAGAAACACAACAACAACCAUUCAACCGAACAGAUAAUCAUGUAUGUUCACUAGUCAUUAGUUUGUUAAUGGAUUUCGUUAGUUUUUUUUUUAUGAGAAGUCAUUACUGGUGUCGUUUAAUCAUAUGAAGAUUAAGACAGAUAUAUUUAAUGAUCGUCGUUUUUUUAAGUUAUGAG